AUGGCACAGAGAGUUCCCGUAUACCCCACGCAGCUGCCCCUGCAAUUGACAUCUCACGAUCCCAGCCAGGAGGCCACGUUAUGUCAUUAUCUGUUCUCCGUGUUUGUUAUGGAUGAAUUUGGGAACCCAGCUGAGGCGAACGGCUGCUGCGUCUGCUAUCGGGUGACCAACGAGCCCCAGGGGCCCGCGGUCUUUCCUACCAAUUACAAAGACUGCCAUGUGCUGGAGAAGGAUGGGCGCUGCCACCUGAGGGUGUUCACGGAAGCUGUGCUGCUCAGUGGCACUCGGAUCUGUCCCAGACCUGAUCACACCUGGACUCCAGACUCCCACCUGGCACCACCCACCACGUUCUCACUUCCUUACCCUCUGACUCAGGAACAGUGCCAGGUGGUCUCCAGGCACCUCCCCCGCAGAGUGAGAAGAAGUUCAAAGGAAGCGGCCGCUGGCUGCCGUCAUGGCAACACCAGAGAGGGUCUCUGUUACUAUGGCAACACAGCGACUGUCCAGUGCUUCAGAAACAGUCGCUUCGUCCUGGUGGUGUCCCAAGAAACAGCCUUGGUGUGCAGGACACUGGUCAAUGUCCACCUCGUCUGCACUGCCCGCCAGCUGCUCCCCAGCCAGGAGGCGGGACCCUCCGUGGUCUCCAUGGCUGGCCCUCUCACCUGCUGUGACUCCCCAGUCCAGGUGGACAGCUUCCAGCAGAACCAGCUGGCGUCCAGCAUCGGCAUCUGGAUGGGGCCACAGGGUUCCAUCAUGUGUGCGCAGCGCCACCAGGCCAGCCAGGCACACGGGACCCGGUGGCAGACCGGCCACAACAGCAAGGACAGUGAUGACCCCAGGGCGCAAUCUGUGUACAGAGAUCUGGAUGCGCCCAUUCUGUGUCUUCUCUCCUCCAUCCUCUCCAACGUGGACUUCAGGCUUCACAUCCACUGUGUCUUCAAUGCCAGUGACUUCCUGCCCCUCCAGGCAUCCCUCUUUGCUCCCCCGCCCAGCCACUGUGACCCAGUACAGCCCGACAAGGGAAAAGGGUACGCUCCUCUCCCUGCAGACAAGGCUUUCAGCUCCUACCACAGGGAGGGGAACCACCCCAGUACGGGCUGCUUCAGGAGUUCUGGCCCCACGGAGGUCUGGCUCCUGCAGAGGACAGACCCCAUGCUGGUCCCGGCGCUGCACCGGCACUGGGCCGUUCCCAGCGCCAACCCCUUCUGGUAUCCUGAGUGGCCCAUCCAGGCAGGUGAGUGUCCUUUCGGUGACAUCAGGACCUGAAUGAUGGCCUUGGAAGGGGCUCUGCCCUUCCACUCUCACUACCAGUGCUUCACCGUUGCCACCUUCGCCCUCCUGGACGCUGGCUCCUGGAGGGCCCGCAGGGGACCCUCAGAAGUUUACCUCCUCUGCGGCACCUCUGCCUGCUGCCCCGCAGGGCUGAAGACUUACUCGACUACAUGGAGCUCUGGGGCUGCAGGGCCGCAAUGAGCCUCAGGUCACCACAAUGACAUCGCCAGGCCGGAGCAUGGGAGCCCCCCCGGGCCACCGGGCUUUGAGGAUUCCUGCAGGUGGGAGUCUACGCUGGGGCCUGCAGCCAUGCGGCUGCGGGCAGCGAGCCACGGCCCACCUCGUCUGCAGAAGGGCAGCUUCAGCUCUGCGCAGUGUGAUUACCAAGGGCUGGGGUUUGGGGAGAGAGUUGGAGGGGCCCUUGCCCAGCCCUGCCACCCUCCAGAUCCCUUUUGUCUGGCAGGCUCCACCAGGAACUGCAACACAAGGCCUCUCCUCUGGGUAAUUCUUUUGCUGUUGGCUGUUGCCCUGGUCCGAGGGGUUGGCGUCUUUGUGGACCUGAGCCAGGCCAAGCCCAGAAGCUCCUGGAAGGCAACAGAAGGUAAAGAGGCUGAAUAGACCCUGGUUUCAAGCCUAGUGAAAGCAUGUGUGGAAGAGCUACUUGUGGUGACUAGACGGAAUCGUUCUCAUCUUAGACACUUGCUCUGCAGAGUCAGCUCUGUCCUUCCAGAAUUGCGGCCUCUAUUAAUGGGUAGAGUCCAAUGCCU